GUCCUGUUGAAUCAACAAUACGAUUAUGUUUGUAAACAUUUAUUUUGCAAGUUGAAAUUCUUAAUUUCCCGUACAUUAAGUAAGAUUUGACGAUGAAACGUAUACUCUCUAUUAGUCUUACAUUAAGCUUAAGUAGUAUUAUAUGUGAAGGGUUACCACAAUGCUCAAUGGGAGAUGUUAAGAGCCUGCUAGAAGGUUGCGACAGAUUGACUGGACUCAACGUAACAAGUGUAGGAGGAACAAUGGUCAACGAUCACAACUGCGAUGUUCUUCUUCCUAAACAAGUUUUUAGUGACGAGCCAUUAUUUCAAUACGCAUUAGCUGAUUCGAAAAAAUUUUACACAAUAAUUAUGGUAGAUCCUGACGCACCACCUCAAACUGAGGGAGAGUUUUUCUUACAUAUGUUAAAAUCUAACAUACCUGGUCUUGCACUUAGAGCGAAAGAGAGCAUUAAAACAUUUGGUAUUGAUUAUCGAGGUUAUAAGCCACCAGCGCCACCUCGCGGCACCGGCCCACACCGCUACAUAACACUGCUCUAUGAACAAGGCGAUGGCAACAAUUUCCUACCGAGUGUACCGCCAUCUCGUAGCCGUUUUACGCUUUCAAAUUGGCUACGGGGGAAGAAUUUGUGUGGACCUGUUGCUGCCACGCAAUUUAGGACUCAAUUCUAGAUGGCGCUAGUUGUUCUCUUUUUCAGCAAUUGUUUGAAAAAAAUACGC